GAGCUCGUUGGCUGGAGCUCGCGACAAUUUCGGUCAGGGCCGCGGCUUGGACAAGUGACGAAGCCUGCUGCAUCGCAUUGUGGAAAACCGCAAACCACUCGACCUAGCAUCACCAUCCUGCAUUAGACGCCUCUUCCUGCCCUCUUCGGCCGCAUUCCCUCGGUUGUUCUCCAGCUUUUUCUCGCUUCAGGCCCAUCACCAUGCAGGCCUUCUCGAGGCAAUCGCGGCGCGCAGGCCCUCUCCUGCGGCAACUCGCCCAGAGGAGCUACAGCUCGGCCUCUUCCCCCUAUGCCUCGACCAUUAAGAACCUCCGCAUUAACAGCGACACCAAGGUUCUCUUUCAAGGGUUCACCGGCAAGCAGGGAACGUUCCACGCGCAACAGGCAAUCGAAUAUGGAACCAAGGUUGUUGGCGGCACAAACCCAAAGAAGGCCGGUCAAACGCAUCUCGGCCUCCCCGUGUUCGCCAACGUCGCCGAGGCGGUGAAGGAGACUGGUGCCAAUGCGACCGCCAUCUUUGUGCCGCCUCCACUCGCCGCUGCUAGUAUCGAGGAAGCCAUCGCCGCCGAAGUCCCCCUCGUCGUGUGUAUCACCGAGGGUAUUCCCCAGCAUGACAUGGUGCGCAUCACGUCGAUGCUCAAGUCGCAGAGCAAGACCCGCCUGGUCGGCCCCAACUGCCCUGGUAUCAUUGCUCCCGGGCAGUGCAAGAUCGGCAUCAUGCCCGGUUUCAUCCACAAGCGCGGCCGCAUCGGCAUCGUCAGCCGGUCCGGCACCCUGACCUACGAGGCCGUCAACCAGACCACCAAUGCUGGCCUGGGCCAGUCGCUCGUCGUCGGCAUCGGCGGCGACCCCUUCAGCGGCACCAACUUCAUCGACUGCCUCAAGAUUUUCCUUGAGGACCCGGAGACGGACGGUAUCAUCAUGAUCGGCGAGAUCGGCGGUUCGGCCGAGGAGGACGCCGCCGACUUCCUCCGCGAGCACAAUACGGUCAACGGCGGCAAGCCCGUCGUCUCCUUCAUCGCCGGCAUCUCUGCGCCCCCCGGACGCCGCAUGGGCCACGCCGGCGCCAUCGUCUCGGGCGGCAAGGGCGGUGCCGACUCCAAGAUUAAGGCCCUCGAGGCCGCCGGCGUCAUCGUUGAGCGUUCCCCGGCCGGUCUGGGCAAGGCCCUGCGUGACGAGUUUGUCAGGCGGGAUCUGCUCUAAAUCAGGGGCGGAACUUGUAGCAUCGUUGGUAGUGCUAUCCCAGCGUUCGCCUUGUACAUGUUAACUCUAUCACUUGACGCGCCGAGUGAGCCGGGAGGAUAGGAUGAUGGUUGGGAGGAGCAGUGUGAGGGUAUGGGCAACUACGCUCCGCGGGCAAGAUGGCACCUGAGGCACUGUCGAACCUAUAGACUUGGGGGUGGGUUGGUGGUCUGGCAUAAUCGCUUGUGCAUUACGAGUCUCUUAUUCUGAUUUGCCGUACGAGAGACUCAACAGCUGUGACCUUAGGUCGUUUUUUGUAUUUUUUUUUUUUUUUGGUGCUUUACUAAGCCGGAGGCCAGAGGCUGGCGUCCGAUAACUUCACGUGUAAGCCACGGCUUGAUCACAUUAGAAUCGGCUGUCAAACAGCCACCGAUUGUUUGGAAGUGCCGACAAGUAGACUACUCGACUGUGGAUGGGCUUCACAUCAGUUCCCGUUUGUCAUAGCGCGGAUCAAGCAUGAUGCCGCCUCAAAGUGCGCCAUA